CCAACUUCACCCGCACCCCCAAAACAGCUCACCCUCUUCGUAACUUUCCACAUCCACCCACACUUAAUCCCCACCUUCCUCUCCGCUCACCGACCCGUCUGGGCAGCCUGCACCCCGGAACCCGAAUGUCUCCUCUUCGACGUCUUUCAAGACCCCUCCCGACCCGGUCGUUUCCGGUUCGUGGAGGUCUGGAGCCGGGAUCGGGAGUGGUUUGAAAGGGAACAAUUGACGAAACCCUAA